UCGAAUUCCCAAACGGAGGGUGGAGCUAGCAAACGAAAAUACGCUCUUUUCGCUGCUUCUCUUUCUCUGCCACCUGAGCGCCAGCACUGUAACUCGGGGAACGGUCGGCGUUUGUUUCAGUCCCAGAGGCCAGAACCACCGCCCGUAGGCUCGACUCCCACUUCCUUCCCUCCUGCCUCUCCAUUUUAUCUCCUAGACUCUGUCUCUGUCGGUGAACGGAGACGGCAAUGAGAUUGCUCUUGGCUCCGGCUCUCCUCUGUUCUCUUCUCCUCUGCUUUCCUGCCACUGAAUCAGCCAAUGGGGAGUCCAACUCCACGGUGGAGGUAAAUGCAACCAUGGAUUCCAACUCUACGCGACUCAGAUCCAGGGAGGACACCUUCGCCUUCAUGAUCGAUCGCGCGCUGGAGAAGGAGUUCAAUGAGACGGACCAGAGUGAAGCCACUGAUCCCGGAAGCUUCAAUAACAGCGUUGCUGGACAGCAGGCAGUUUUGGAGACUGUUGCCAGGGUCACAACCAAGAAGAAUGAAUCCAAGGAGGAGAAGUCUUUUCAGUUUCAUGAUGUUUUCCAUUUUGACAAUGAUAACCGGGGGGAAGAUGCUCCAAGAUUGAUUGAUCGAAAGGACAAUGUCUUUAUUAUAUCAAAUCGAAAGUCCAAAUAUCCCGUGCUACAACUAGACUUAACUUUGAUAUCAGAUCUAGUGGUUGUCAUUGUAUCUGCUGCUUGUGGCGGAAUAGCAUUUGCUUGUGCUGGACAACCGGUAUUUACUGGAUACCUGCUAGCAGGAUCUGUAAUUGGGCCAGGGGGCUUCAGCUUUGUCAGUGAAAUGGUACAGGUGGAGACAGUGGCACAAUUUGGUGUUAUUUUCCUCCUGUUUGCAUUGGGCCUGGAGUUCUCCAUUGCAAAGCUCCGCGUUGUCCGAGCAGUUGCUGUUGUUGGAGGUCUUCUCCAGAUUUCGCUCUUUAUGUGCCUUUGUGGAUUGAUAGCCUCGUUAUGUGGAGGUAAGCCUUCAGAAGGAGUAUUUGUUGGUGCAUUUCUCUCAAUGUCUUCAACUGCAGUGGUUCUGAAAUUUCUGAUGGAAAGAAAUAGCAUAAAUACCCUGUAUGGUCAGGUCACUGUCGGUAUCCUCAUUCUGCAGGAUUGUGCUGUUGGUCUUCUGUUUGCUUUACUUCCUGUCCUUGGUGGUACAUCCGGUGUUCUUCAGGGAGUGAUAUCCAUGACUAAAUUGUUGGUGCUGCUACUUGCAUUUUUGGCUGCUUUAACGAUUCUAUCUCGUACCUGUGUGCCAUGGUUCUUAAAGCUUAUGAUCAGCUUAUCAUCGCAGACUAAUGAACUCUAUCAGUUGGCAUCAGUGGCUUUCUGCCUGCUUGUCGCCUGGUGUAGUGACAAGUUGGGCCUGAGCCUUGAACUGGGAUCCUUUGCUGCUGGUGUGAUGAUAUCCACGACUGAUCUUGCUCAACAUACACUCGAGCAAGUGGAACCAAUUCGCAACUUAUUUGCAGCUCUCUUUUUGGCAAGCAUUGGGAUGUUAAUUCAUGUCCAAUUCUUGUGGAAUCACGUCGAUAUAUUACUUGCUUCGGUACUGUUAGUCAUUGUUGUGAAAACUAUCAUUACUGCAUCUGUAGUCAAAGGAUUCAGAUACAACAACAAAACAGCACUCCUUGUAAGAUCUCGGAUUGCUUCUAAAGCACUUUGUAUCUCCAUAUUGGUUAUCUCAUCUGUUCCAUUGACAGAAGGUCCUCAGGGUAAAUUGUAUCUACUGCUUCUUGGAACGACAGCCCUCAGUCUGGUGACAACGCCAUUUCUUUUCAAGCUAAUUCCAGCAGUGGUACAUCUAGGGGUGCUGUUGCGGUGGUUCCUACCAGAUAGCUCUCACGAGAUUGGGUAUAAAGGAGAUAGCUUUCUGGCAGACAGUGCUAAGCGCAUAACUUUGAUGGUCCACGGCAAUCACCAUUCAUGAUUGAUGAUUGACGAUGAUGAUGUUAUAAUUAAGAUUGCGCAUUUGCUAGCAAAGCCAAAAAUUUACCUACCUGAUGGGCUUGUUAUACUCUCUGGGGGGCAGGUGCUUAAAGAAGGCAAAGGAGGUUGAGUUUCACUAAGGCCAACUGCUCUAUUAUGCCCCCCAAACUGCAAUUGUAUAAAGAAAAGUGCUCCCUUCCCCCUUCUUGUCGAUGUAGCUUGCACAAUCAAUCCCCCUUACCAGCAGCAGAAUGUUGGUUGGAGCCGACGAAAUCGACCGGGUUGCGAUGUAUGUGGCUUAUGGACCAACGAGACUACACUCCCACGCCUCUCACCCUUACUUUGUAACAUAUGAGCUGUAGAGUGAUGAUAAUCUUUGAUUCUUUUUGGAUCUGUGUUUUCUUUUCCUCCCCACCACCCUAUUGUCAUCUUUCCUUUUGGUCCAUUUUUUGUUCAUCUCAAGUUUUAGGGUUUAGGAACAAAUCCACUUUUUUUUGAAAUCCAGGUCUGGAAGUUGUAUUGUUCACCAAGGAAUUACAAAUUAGGGAAUCAUUUUCUAGUUUGGAAUUAUGAUUUGUCUUGUGUGUAUCUUAAAACUGAAAUGGAACUACAGUUAACUCUGACCACCUUGUGGUCAUCCAAGUUGGGACCUCCAGCUGACUAUUAGUGUCUUUGCUGUCUGGCAGAAGCACUAAUUCUCUAUGUGA